UACAACUCUUCAUAACUAACUACACUCUGCAGUCAAUAAUCCCUUGCGGUGGCAUCUAGUCUUGAUCCCAAAAUGUGUGGACGAUAUGCCCUUGGUGUUGUAUCGCGUUCGUACCAUCCAACAACGUCUCCAAUAUCAGGGUAUGCCUGUCGAUGAAGCGCCCGAAGAUUCCGAAGUGAGAGAAACAUUCAACUUCGCUCCAGGCAACUACGGUGUCGUCUAUCGCACCAACACUUCUGACCACGGCUACAUCGAUGCGGGCGUGCAGGACGCCGAAAUAGCGCAUGAGCCAUCCGAGGAACAGAUGGAGGAAGCUCAUCAGGAUCACGUGCAAGAAAAGAAGCUUAAACAUAAGCUCCAGAGCAUGAAAUGGGGCCUAGUUCCCUUCUGGACCAAACGUCAGCCGGACUAUGGCUCUCUCAUGCGGACGAUCAACUGCCGAGAUGAUUCUCUGAUAGAAGACAGGGGCAUGUGGACAACGAUGAAGAGACGGAAGAGGUGCGUUGUCAUUUGUCAGGGAUUUUAUGAAUGGCUGAAGAAGGGGCCUGGUGGAAAGGAGAAGAUUCCUCAUUUCGUCAAACGGAAGGACGGAGGCUUGAUGUGCCUUGCAGGUCUCUGGGAUUGCGUCACGUAUGAAGGAUCUGAUGAGAAGCUUUAUACAUAUACCAUCAUCACCACCUCGUCAAAUUCCUAUUUGAAAUUCCUCCACGACCGAAUGCCAGUCAUACUCGACCCUGGAAGUAAAGAAAUGAAAAUAUGGCUGGAUCCCACGCGGACGACGUGGUCCAAGGAUCUCCAAUCCGUCCUGGAGCCGUACGAAGGCGAACUUGAAUGUUACGCAGUUCCCAAAGAAGUCGGAAAAGUGGGCAACAACUCUCCAGAUUUCAUACUCCCUAUCAACAACAAGGAAAAUAAAAGCAACAUUGCAAACUUUUUUGCCAAUGCGAAGAAACAAAAUGGAAAGGAUGCCCCUGCUCCGACUAAAAAGGACAAUGAGGAAUCCAAGUCAAAACCCAAAUCCCCAGAAAAGGUAGAUUCAGAUCUCCAUGAACUAAAAGUUGUCCACGAGAGCGACGAAAAUAGAGCAACGGAAGAUACUGAGUGGAGCGAAGACAAUGCCCCCGUGCCGGUAGAAGGCAUCAAGAGGGAGCAUCCUCCUCAGGAUCGUGAAGAGGUCCCGGUGGAUGAAUAUAAAAGGCGGAAACUGCAAGAUACAACUGGUGCAUUGUCGCCAGGGAAGACGCACGGAGGAUUGAAGUUACCUCCCAAGCCUCCUGCAGCCUUUUCAGGUAGCACCACACACAGCGCCGCACGCGCGAGUCCAUCCUUGAAAAAGAAGGAUGAAAAGAAGACAGGGAACAGCCCACAAAAGAUUACAAGCUUUUUCAAGGUGUAA